CUCCAUCCCAGACCCGUCCCGCUCUCUGUCCUACGAGUUCCUUCAUGCAUGCAAUGUCCUGAUUCCAACGGUGUCUGAUCUAUUCGUUUUAAAACGGCCAACCUACGUUCAUCGCUAGAUUACGGCAUGGAGAAUCUGAAAGAGCCGCCGAUGGUGCAUAGGUCUACGUCGUUCAGCAUUAAGAGUCUAUUGCUUCCGUCGAAAUGUGACAAACAGGACUCCGCGAUCUCCGAAAAGAACACUCCAUCACCGGGUUCUGAUUCCGAAAAAUCCUUGGACCCUACUGAGAUGGAACCAGCACAUUUGGAUCCAGACAAAACGAAAGAAGAGGAGGAGAGCAGCACCGAAAAGGCGACAGAGCCGGGGAAAAACGGGAAAUAUGAUAAACCACCUUUCAGCUACAAUGCCUUGAUUAUGAUGGCUAUCAGGCAGAGUCCUGAAAAGAGGCUGACGCUCAACGGUAUCUACGAGUUCAUCAUGAAGAACUUUCCUUAUUAUAGGGAGCACAAGCAAGGUUGGCAAAACUCCAUCCGACACAAUCUCAGCCUCAAUAAAUGUUUUGUAAAAGUCCCGAGGCAUUACGACGACCCAGGAAAGGGAAAUUACUGGAUGCUAGACCCAUCGAGUGACGACGUGUUUAUUGGUGGAACUACAGGGAAACUUCGGAGACGCUCGGCCACCUCGAGAGGGAAGCUGGCGAUGAAACGAGGUCUGCGCUUUGCUCCUCUCGGUUUGGGAAUAAACGACAGGGCAAACAACCCUUUAUACUGGCAGAUCUCGCCGUUUUUAUCUUUGCAUCACCCCCAUUACAAUGGCUCAUCGCCGGGAUUUCUAAACCAAGGUCACGCGUAUGGGUCCUUACUCCCCGGGGUGGAGCAGCUCAGUAACGGGGACCUUACGCGUCCUAUUCUCGGUGGAUCAGCCGGGGCUCUGGGCUUAAACAGUUACGGCAUGAGCACGUCUCCUGUAGGGCUGCUCUCUGGACAGAGCGGCUACUUUGUCUCAGGGAGUCAGCACCCUCCGUCGCACCUCCAGCAGAGCGCGCCAGGCUUUGGUGUGCAGGCCAGCUCAGCACAGACUCUCCUCUCAGACACACUCAGAACAUCCUUACCGCCUUUCUCCCCGGGAGUGUCGAGUGGGUUUCCUGGAGUUUUGUCCCACCAAAAGAGGGUUGCUCCGAAUGCAUUUUUAAACUGAUAUUAUCACUGCAGAAAUUAAGGAUGCACACAAUAAAAGGGCAGAUAAAUAUAAUUGAUCGUCAAGUAAAUCGACUAUUCCUUAAAGAAAUGGCCAUAUGUACCCCUGAAGUGCAAUGGUUUAUUAUGUUGCGCUUUUUGAAAGGGACAUACCCAUGUUACUCGCGGGUUGUAAACUUACUAGACUUGCCAAAGGCAACGAUAUAUUUCGAGCUAUUUAUAUCUUGUACAAAGACUUCAAUACUUUCUUUAAGUCGUUUAUUUAUGUUUUAUAUUUAUUGUACAAUGUAUUUAAUUUUUGUUGUCAAUGAACUCAUCAGUAUUGAGGAUAAAACGUAGCAUUAUAAAUUAUUUAUGUGUGUAUUCAUUUUGAAUUAAUUUAGGGGACAGCGCCUUAAAUGAAUCAGGGUAAAAGUCACACAAGAGACAAUGAAAGCCUACAACUCUUCUCUUCUCAGGUUUCAGGUCUAUAGACUCAAAUGUAUAGGCUACUGAUGUAUCUUAUAGGCAAAUGUUAUGCAACACGUUAAUAGAGAAGGGUAGAGUUGAGCAUAUAAUUUUUUAUAAUAGCCUAAUAUCGUCCUUGUUUUGUCAGAUGGGCCGUUUAUUGGCGCAUGUAGACUAGCCUGACACUACGUGCAUGACCGUAGGGGCAGUAGGCCUCCAUAUUGAUGCUAGAGCAUGCCCAGUGACUGACCCUAUUUACCGUAUAUUUCCAUCUUUCAUAUAAAGCACUUGAGGUAUUCAACUUCCUGGUAAAAUCCUGUUGUCAUGACCCUUUGACCUUCUAUCUUUUCAUAAUUGCCCCACCUAACAGACCACAAAACAAUAUCCUUUUAAAGAUAGAUAAAUUAAUGAAAAUGAGAUUGACAAGGCUGGCUAACCAGUCAAUGCAAUGUGGACGGCAUCUAGCUUACUUCAUUGUUUUAUAUAUAUAUAUAUAUAUAUUUGGCAAAUGGCGCUGAAUUAGGGCAUACACUACCUAUACUUUAAUACAAGAAUUCCUCAUAAAAUCACACCAUAGGAUAUGUAUUCAAAAAUAGGAACAGGUUGAUUCCUCAAACAUUAUGCAACCAGAGUUUCCGUGUUCACCAGGCUACUAUAUACAGGGAGGAACCGAGCUACAAAGGCAUAGGCCUAACAAUUGACUAAUUUUAAUUUAUUUUGGCUAUAGGUGGGCCAGGAUUUAUUUCAAGGCAUUUCAUUUUCGAUGUUGAAUAUUUUUUUGUACAAUUUAUUUUGAACGUUUGCACUUUUGUUGUAGACUUGUACGAAGUAUGUAUUGUCUGUUUUUGUUCUUGUAUAUUUUCGAAAAACUAACUUGAUUAAAGUAUAAAACAUUUGUGCAAUA